CUCCACUCUCUCUCGUAAAUCUCUUCUUCUUUGGAUUUUGGGUAAUGGAUUAUAUUCUCGAUUCUUUCUGAAGAAAUCUUUGAAUUUGUUCGUAGUAGGAAGAUUUUGUUCUUAUUUUCUUCUUGGGCUAUGAGAUUACGUUUGAUGUUUGUUACCUUUCAUGGCCUCAUUGCGAUUGAUUGAAUUCGAUUUAUGAUGAUUAGGGAUUUGUGUAAAAAAAUUCGGAUUCGCCGAUGUAACAAUUUCGGGUUCUUCUUAUAAUUGGAAUUGAAUUAGACUGAAUUAAGUUAGUUUUUUUGCCGUUCAAUAUUAUUUGCGAAAUGUGUGUUUUCGAUUUCUAGGGUUUCUCAUGAUUGGGACUAACGAAUGUAUCAAUUUGCUAAAAUUUUUUGUCUUCGUUUGUUCUGCAGCUCGAAGGAGAAACCCACUCUCGGAGGUACGCGGAUUAAGACCCGCAAACGGAAUAUUGCUGCUCCUCUGGACCCUGCAGCCUUUUCUGAUGCAGUGGUCCAGAUUUACCAUGAUAAUGCUGGUGAUCUGGAACUUGUUGCCAAAAGUAUUGAGUCAUCAGACCUUAAUUUCACAAGAUAUGGUGACAUCUUCUUUGAGGUUAUUUUCAUAGGAGGACGCACACAACCUGGAACAGUGAAAUCUGAUGAAGGAGAACGUCAUACUUACUCUGUAAUUGAUUGUGAACCCAAGCGUGAAGCCAUUUUGCCAUCUGUUGUCUACAUACAGAAAAUUCUGCGUAGGAAGCCUUUCCUCAUAAAGAACCUUGAAAAUGUUACUCGGAGAUUCCUGCAGUCACUGGAGCUUUUUGAGGAAAAUGAAAGGAAGAAGCUUGCUAUCUUCACAGCACUUGCCUUUUCCCAGAAGCUCUCAGGAUUACCUCCGGAAACUGUCUUCCAGCCAUUGCUCAAGGAUAAUCUUGUUGCCAAAGGGAUAGUGCUCUCCUUCGUAACAGACUUCUUCAAGGAGUAUUUGGUUGAGAACAGUCUUGAAGACUUGAUUUCUAUUCUGAGGCGUGGGAAAAUGGAAGACAACCUUAUGGAUUUCCUACCACCAGUAAGGCGAUCUGCUGAAAGUUUUGCGGAACAUUUCACGAAUGAAGGAUUGACUGAUCUAGUAGAGUACCAUUCAAAGAAAAUGUUUGAGGUGAAACUGAGGGAAAUCAAAACCGUUCUUACAAGCAAGGUCACAGAGGAAAGUAAUGUAGACGAAGUCAUUGAAUCGGUGAAGCAACAGAUCAAAGAUGCUAAGUUACCUGACAUUGAGGUUGUGCGUGUUGUUUGGGAUGGUUUAAUGGAUGCUGUUCAGUGGUCUGGAAAAAACCAGCAGCAAAAUGCAAAUUCUGUUCUGCGCCAGGUGAAAACAUGGGCUCCACUUCUGAACACGUUCUGUACCAGCGGAAAGCUAGAGCUGGAACUGAUGUACAAAGUCCAAAUGCAAUGCUAUGAGGAUGCAAAGCUUAUGAAAGUUUUCCCAGAAGUAGUGAGGUCGCUCUAUGAACUCGAUGUCCUCGCUGAAGACACCAUUCUCCACUGGUUCCGUAAAGGAACCAACUCAAAGGGCAGGCAAACCUUUGUGAAAAGUUUAGAGCCAUUUGUGAAUUGGCUUGAAGAGGCGGAGGAAGAAGAGUGAGUGAUCUAUGUUUCUAAUAAACAAGCCAUGAAGACGAUAAUAAUUCAGGGUUUCUUCUAUGUUUCACUUUUGCUUAUGAGCUUUACUCUGCUUUGUAUUUUGGCAAUAAGUAUUUGAUAUUGUUGUGCUUCUUUUUUUUUUCUUUUUGGUUUUGAUGACUGUCUCUGUUUCCCCAGAACGGUUUUGGAUUCUUUUGCAAAUGGAUUUAGGCAAAUGCAAAUUCUGCUUUAUUUAUUGUUAAUUCGAUUUUUACUUUUACUCAACACUUCAAGUUAUCAGUUUAG